AUGAAGUACGGGACAUUCAAGGAGAGGGAGAGGAGCGCGUCAGAAGUUGAUCGAUACCGCCGAAGGGAAGCUGGCGAUGAGGACGAGUUCCCGUGGCUCAUGCUGAUCCUCUUCUUAUUAACGCUCGGUGCUUAUGCCUUCGUGAUGUAUGGCUGCUGGGACACCUCCCAGCGCAUUGAAGUGCUUGCCACAAGGUCAGAGAACGCGCUCAUGGUCACGGCGACGGUCAGCAAUGCGAUGGGAGGCCUGGUGACCAGCACAGCCCACCAAGGCGAGGAGGCCAUCUAUGCCGGGCUGGACCAAAUUCUCAACGAGUCCGAGAAUGCGCUGUUUGAGGCUCGACGACUUGAGAAGUCGCUUACGGACGCUGCCGGCGCCGCUGCCGGCGCUCUCAAUGAGGAGUACUCCAAGCUGGUGAUGCUCCUCUAUGCAGAGUCCGAGAGGUUGUCCCUGGCACUUGCAGGCAUGCAGUAUGCCGCGCAGAACUUCGCGGCCAAAUCCUUCCUUGACUCCGUCGAUGUUUUGAUCUCUGUGCUGGAGCCUCUCACUGCAGCGUUACCGAAGGUUGACAAAGAGGCGAUGGAGAGUCUCUCAAACAGCACCUUGGAACUCCAGCGGCUCUUCUCUGAGAUGGAACUCGCGGUGCAGUCCAUCCAGAGCUUCCUGGAGGUGCUGGGCACGGAGUAUGAGACCUUCAGGCAUGCCGCAAAUCUCCUGGCCAACCACAGCUUGGCCGCAGGUUUCCGGAGCAAGCUCCCGGCUCCGCCAAACCAAACGGACGCCGUGAACCUCUCCAAGUUCGUGGAGUCUGCGCAUUUCCAAAGUCUGGUGGCCUUGAACCUGGUGCGAGACUACGCGUCGCUGGGGGCGGAGACACAGAAAGCAGUCCUCGAGGCCGUCAGUUCUGUGGUGGGAUCGGCCCGGACGGUGGUUCACGAAGUGCGGCGAUCGAAGGACACUAUCGUCAAGGAUGCGACCUCGGUAGUUAGGGUGGCCGCUUCCAAGGUGAAGGAGCAGUUUGCGCUGGUGGCCACAAGUGCUCUCGUCGCCGGCACGGAUGCGAAGGACGCGCUGAACUAUGCAUCCUCCAUGUAUUUGUACGCGGCAGGUGGCUGCGUUGGGUGCGCCAUCCUUAUGGCCCUGGUGGCGUUCGCAUACGCCUGCUAUCUGGAAUACAUCUUCGAGAAUCAGGGCAUCGCGCGAGUAUACGAGAUCGCUGCAAAGGAGCGACAAGGCUUCUGCAAGGAAUGCAUCGACUCCAUCGGUCACUUUGUACAUGUCGUUGGCUUCUACUUGCUGAUCUUUCUUCAAGAUGCCGUCGCUUGGCAAAUCUUGGUGCUUGUGGCCCUGUUCCUCUGUGUGGUUGGAAACGUCCAGCUGGGACUCCAAAUCGGCUGCGACUUUGCCCCCAUGCUCUCGGACAACGCGGCCUGCACUGCCGCGAUGGGAAACUUCAGCACAGCCUUGCAGCGGGAUGUCCUCCAUGGUAAGGAUUGCGAAGGCGCUGGGACGUUGAUCUGCGAAUCCGUAGCAGGCAACCCCGGUAUGAUACGGAUCACGAUGCUGCUCGGCAGCAUGAUCCUUGCAUUCAGGGUCCUGCUAGCAUGCACCGUGCUACCUCUUCCUGGAUAG